CGGUCGAAGUUAAAUCUUGACGUAGGCGGGCUCGUGGUGCUGGACUAUUCGCGGGAAACGUCCAAAAACAAACGUGUGUGAAGCCGCGCGGCUGGUUCUGGUUGAUUCGGACGCAGCUCCCGGUGACGGAAGCGGCUACCGCGCGCGCGCGCCGGUACUUAAAGGCUUCGCGGGACAAGAGGAGGCAGGAGACACGAGCGGAAGACAUGGCGGAGCGGCCAGAGGACCUGAACCUUCCCAACGCGGUGAUCACCCGCAUCAUCAAGGAGGCGCUCCCAGAUGGGGUGAACGUGUCCAAAGAGGCCCGGCGAGCCAUUUCCCAGGCGGCCAGCGUGUUUGUGUUGUAUGCCACCUCCUGCGCUAAUAACUUUGCCUUGAAGGCCAAAAGGAAAACUUUGAAUGCAGGAGACGUGCUAGCAGCCAUGGAGGAGAUGGAGUUUGAGAGAUUCCUGGAGCCACUCAGAGAAGCUCUGGAAGUGUACAAGAAGGACCAGAAGGGAAAGAAGGAGGUGAGCGAGCAGAAGCGCAAAGACAAGGAGAAGAAGAACGACUCUGAGAACGACAAGAGCAGAGAGGAUGAGGAGGAGGAGGAGCAGCGCAUGGAGGAGCCUGAGGAGGAAGCUGACGAGGAGGAGGUGGAGAACUGAGGAAGCAGGAGCACAGCUGUGCCCUCUCUCUUCUAACAUGAGGAGGAACCUUAAACAUCUCCAGAACCUGGACUGGAGCUUCUUCACUUCAAUUUAUUCAGAUUUGUCUGCAGUUUAACUUUGGUUCUGUUUCAUAAAAAAA